AACAGAUUUCUAGUGAUGGUUAUUCGCGAUUUGUUAAGUUUAUGUGAAGUCGUCAAGGGAAAAGACAAUAAAGCUGUUAUUGCGAGCAACAUCAUGUAUGUUGUUGGACAAUAUUCAAGAUUCUUAAGAGCCCAUUGGAAGUUUCUAAAGACAGUUGUCCAUAAGUUGUUUGAAUUUAUGCAUGAGACGCAUCCUGGUGUUCAGGACAUGGCAUGCGACACAUUCUUAAAAAUUGUUAAAAAGUGCAAUCGAAGAUUCGUUAUUGCUCAGGUUGGAGAAAGUGAGCCAUUUGUAUCUGAACUUCUAUCAAGCCUUACUACAAUCGUUGGAGAUCUUGAGCCUCAUCAGAUUCACACAUUUUAUGAAACUGUUGGUACUAUGAUCCAGUCAGAAUCAGAUGCUCAGAAGAGGGGUGAAUACCUCCAGAGGUUGAUGGCUCUCCCGAAUCAGAAAUGGGGAGAAAUUAUAGGACAAGCCCGCCAUAGUGCAGAUAUCCUCAAGGACCCAGAUGUGAUACGUACUGUGCUUAAUAUCCUCCAGACAAAUACACGGGUUGCAACUUCACUUGGAACAAACUUCUUAUCUCAAAUUUCGUUGAUCUACUUGGAUAUGCUGAAUGUUUACAGAAUGUAUAGUGAACUUGUGUCAAGCAGCAUUGCUAAUGGAGGCCCAUAUGCAUCAAGAACAUCUCUUGUUAAACUUUUAAGGUCUGUUAAGAGGGAAAUCCUUAAGCUGAUAGAAACAUUUUUAGACAAAGCUGAAAACCAGCCACACAUUGGAAAACAGUUUGUUCCACCAAUGAUGGAUCAAGUACUUGGCGACUAUGCAAGAAAUGUUCCUGAUGCCAGAGAAUCAGAAGUCUUAUCACUCUUUGCAACGAUAAUAAACAAGUACAAGGUUGUAAUGCAAGAUGAAGUUCUCCUCAUAUUUGAAGCUGUUUUCCAGUGCACAUUGGAGAUGAUUACUAAAAAUUUUGAAGAUUACCCAGAGCACCGCCUCAAGUUUUUCUCGUUACUUCGUGCUAUUGCCACAUUUUGUUUCCGUGCCUUGAUACAGUUGUCGAGCGAGCAACUGAAGCUAGUGAUGGAUUCAGUUAUCUGGGCAUUUAGGCAUACUGAAAGAAAUAUCGCUGAAACUGGGCUCAUUCUCUUGCUCGAGAUGCUGAAAAACUUCCAGAAAUCUGACAUCUGUAACCAAUUCUACCGAACAUACUUUCUGCAAAUUGAGCAAGAAGUAUUUGCUGUCUUGACCGAUACCUUCCAUAAGCCAGGGUUCAAGUUGCAUGUGUUGGUGCUGCAGCAUCUAUUUUCCCUGGUUGAGAGCGAUUCUUUGACGGAACCAUUGUGGGAUGCUGCAACGGUACCUCAUUCGUAUCCAAAUAAUGCAGCCUUUAUUCGUGAAUACACCAUCAAGCUUCUAAGCUCAUCAUUCCCCAACAUGACUACAACAGAGGUGACACAGUUUGUGAAUGGGCUAUACGAGACGAGAAGCGACGCUGGCAGGUUUAAGAAUAACAUACGUGACUUCCUUGUACAAUCCAAGGAAUUUUCUGCUCAGGAUAACAAAGAUUUGUAUGCUGAGGAAGCUGCAGCUCAAAUGGAGAGAGAGAGACAAAGAAUGCUUUCAAUUCCUGGACUUAUAGCUCCCAGCGAAAUUCAAGACGACAUGGUUGAUUCUUAAGUCUUGUCGUGUCUUUAGAAGAAGGCUAUAUUAUAGUAACCAAUGGAUGAAUUACGUUUUUUUUUUUUUCUGAUGAUAGUAAAAGGCUUUAAAAGAGUUUUGUUUUUCUUUGAGUAGUAGAUAGCUUCCUAAUCGAUUUUGAGAAAUGGAAAGCUUAGAAAUGAGAGAAAGUGUGCGUUUGGAUUUGGUGUAGCUUUCUACAUAACAGUUUUUGACUUGUCUAGCUAGUAUUCCUCUUCUUUUCGUAAGACUAUAUUAUUUGAUUCA